AUGGCCCGGAAGCGGAGCGGCAUCGAAGCCUAUGGACAGGACGAGGCGGAUGAGUUUCUGGCUCUAGAUGAGUCAGGAGAUGAAGCCGUGGAGGACGAGGAAGGAGAGGAAGAUGUUAUGCAAUUGACGCCGUUGGACGACGGUUCGAAGGUGUCCAGAGCCAAGGACAAGAAGUCGAAGAAAGGAGCAGCAGAGCCUGACGAGGAGGAUGUAGACCUCGCGCCUGUCAGUAAGGGUUGGGGUCGUGGUGAUUUCUACGGAGGGGAGGAUGCUGGAGACGACUCCGAAGGGGCAAGCGAUGAGGAUUUGACUUUCAAGGAGGCAAAGAAACUGGAGGAAUUGCGAGCAGCGCGCUUGCAGAGUCUCAGCGACCCUCUCUCCGCAUUGCUUGGCCAAGGCUCUGGCGAAGGAGAAGAUCAAAACUCAAAAGCUCAGGAUGUAGAUGCCGAGUUCGAGGCAGUCUUUGCAGAGCAGGCGGAGAAAAGCAUGGUCCAAAGGGACCUCUCACAACUCUCCGAUGCCAAAAGGAAAAGCCUGUUGAAGAAGGAGUCGCCGGAGUUGCUCCCACUCUUGAAGGACUUCCAAGACAAGAUCAAUACCCUAUUACCGCUCCUGUCCUUGCUGAAGCCUAGUGCGAAGACCCGGCUGCCUUCUUCCGGUGCGUCCUACCUGGAAGCUCGCGUCAGCUUGCUUUUAAAUCACUUGGCCAAUUUGUCGUUUUACCUGAUGAUCAAGGCUGAGGGUGCCGACGUGCGUUCACAUCCUGUCGUGUCGCAGCUCGUCUGGCUUCGGGAAUUGGGUGAACUGAUGAAAGCGGUCGAUGAGCGAGUUGGCACGAAAUUGAAGAAGGCCGUGAAGCAGGCCAAGAAGCUCCCGGAUGUCGUGGAAGGCGGUGAUGCCGAGACGACAGAGCCACCCAAGGUGGAGGUAGCACAGGAAAUCACUCAAAAGCAGAGUCUGUCACUGGCAGAGCGCUUGGCGCGCUUGCGGGGGAAGCCCGUCAAGAAUGGAUCGGCUGAGCCAAGUAAGCCCGGUGAUUCGGCGGCUCCUUUGGUGUCAUCCCUCUUGCGACUGCCUCCUUCUAGGCGGAAGGCAAACCGUGGCAGUGGCGAAGGUCCCGCGGAUCUGGAUGAGAUCGACCCAACCUUAGGUGCCUGGAUGCCCUCGGCCAGUUUGAGCCAGCAGCUGUCGGAGGUACAGCAGCAUCUCCGCGAGCGCAAGGCCAAGGCAGCACCACAGGCUUCGGAUGCGAAUCCCGAGCCUCGAGCGCGAGCGCAUCGUGAGCGAGUUCAGACCGAAAUCGAUCCAAGAGAAGCCGCAGACAGCUCUCAGAAGGAGGCGUCUCUCCAGGCGAGAAGUGGUGGCGACGACGAUGGGUUAGGAGAAGUUGUCCAGGAAGCCAACGCAAAGUCUCGGAUUCGGAAAGAGAAGAAGGAAGCAGAGCGAUCGGCCAAAACGCAAGCCAAGCUUGCACAGCAGUAUCAUCCAGAGAAGAAGGUCGAGGGCAGACGAGCAUCCAGCAAGCAAAUCCUGGAGAACAGAGGUUUGGUUCGCUUCCGUAAGAAGAAGGCCGGGAAUGCGAGAGUGGCGAAUCGCCAAAAGUAUGACAAGCUCGUGAAGCGGAGGAAGGGCGCCGUGCAAGAGAUGCGCGAAGGAGCCGCAGAUGGUGCAACCUAUGAUGGCGAAGCCACUGGCCUGCGAACGAACCUCCGAAAGUCCAUGAAGCUCGGCUAG